AUGCCGAGGAAGGCGGUGCUACUGAAGUCGCUGACACGGGGUCGCAUCAGGGCCUCGUUCAACAAGUACAACCUGUUCAACUUGUACAAGAAGGGCCCUGUGGAUUUCAGGACGAAGUCGCUGUAUCAGCAGAAAUGGUCUUCCAAGCAGGAGACGAGGGCGUACCAUGGGGAGCAUCUCACCGAGGGCCGGUGGCAGACGCUUUUUGACUCGAAGUUGAACUCUGUUGCACAAUUGGACGCGUCGCUGCGGACGGGCAAAGAUGGGUCAGGACCCCAGCUAAGGGAGACACCGUACCUUCUGCAGACGUACGCAGCGUUGGAGAAGAGGCUCGAUUUUGCCCUUUUUAGGGCCAUGUUUGCGUCCUCGAUCAGGCAGGCCCGCCAGUUUAUCCUGCACGGGAACGUCAAAGUCAACGGGGUCAAGAUCAAGCACCCUGGGUUCGUGCUGAAACCGGGGGACACUUUCCAAGUCAAUUCCAAUAAAGUGCUUGAGGCUUUGGGGGCGAAGAAACCGAGUCUCGAGGAGGCCAUCAAAGUGGACAAGAAACAGAUCCUGCUUUGGAACAUGUACGUCAAGAAGGUGAAGGCGAAUCCAAGGCAGGCGUGGAGGGAGAGGAUUGCCAAGUUCCAAAGUAUGCCCGAGACAAACCCGCGGAAGCAAGAGUUCGAAGAGUGGGCACAGAGGUUCAAGAGUAACGUGGAGAAGAACGAACUCAAUGCCAUCAAGUGCUGUACACCAAAGAACCUACUAUUCAAGAUCCUCAGAAUACACAAGUCUAAACCGGACGAAGCCACUACGCUCUCCGCUACUGACUUCCAAACGGUGGUCGACAAGGAGCCCAAUAUGUCCCAGGAAGUGUUCAGAUGCUACAACGAGUUUUUGAAGUCCGACGAGAUCAAUUGGAAGAAACUGUCUACGAUGGAGGACAGUCAGCUAUCUGUGUUGGCAGACAACCUUUUGUCGUUCACCCCGGAGAUGAAGAAAAACCUCGCGGACAAGAGUAAGACCCACAUCAGGGCGGGUACGACGAUCCUGUCGUCGCUUGUGAAAAACUACUCCCUGGCACUAAGUGCGUACUUCAAGACUGUCAAGAACGAUAUCAGCGCCAAUAACAUCCCAUACGAUCCAAGCUGGGCUGCGCAUCUCCAAUACCACAAACCGGUCGACUUCGAAAAGAUCAAGGAAUGCGAGCAACGGGCCAAGACGCUCAUCUGUCUGCCCUGGCAGAAGGGCCACCUGUGGGGCAGGGCAGACCCGAAGAAAUCGUACUUUACGCCGUGGAAACCUAGACAGUUCCUGGCGCCCUUUGCGAUCCUGCCUCAUCACAUCGAGGUAUCCUUUAAGACGUGCACAGCUAUCUAUUUGAGGGACCCCGUUGCAAGACCAGGCCACUCCGAGGUCAUCACACCAUUCGACAUGUCCGUUCAUGAGAGAGCGUACAUGUACUACGUGAGGAAGGGUAAAUGA